GCUAAACACGUUUCUUCCCGUUGUCGAUAGAACUACACGAUUCAUAUUUUUUCCUUAAUUUUCGCGAGUUAUUUGCACAUUUUAUAAUUAUUUAAUUAAAAUAAUUAAAUACUAAUUGUGUAGUUAAACUACGGCAAUUGUUCGUGAAUAUAGUUGUAAAGGAAUUAAGCAAAAUAUGGAUGCCCAAAAGUUGACAGAAUUGUUGCGUGCAACAAUUGAUCCCAAUCCUGAACAGAGGAAGGCGGCAGAAGACCAAUUGGCACAGAUUCAUAAAAUUAUUGGAUUUGUACCAACAAUUUUACAAAUUGUUAUGCAAAAUACAGUCGAUCAACCUGUUCGUCAGGCUGGUGCUGUUUACAUUAAAAAUAUGAUUUCUAGCAGCUGGGCUGAUCAUGAAGUAGCACCCGGUGAACCCAUACCCUUUUCGAUACAUGAACAAGAUCGUGCUAUGAUCCGUAACUCGAUUGUUGAUGCUAUUGUACAUGCUCCCGAAAUUAUACGAGUACAAUUAUCGGUUUGUGUAAAUCAUAUCAUUAAAAAUGAUUUUCCUGGACGUUGGCCACAGGUGGUUGAUAAUAUUAGCAUUUAUUUACAAAAUCCCGAUAUGAAUGGCUGGAAUGGUGCUUUGGUUACUAUGUAUCAAUUGGUUAAAACCUAUGAAUAUAAACGUGCCGAAGAACGUGUUCCACUCAAUGAAGCCAUGAAUCUUUUAUUGCCCAUGAUUUAUCAAUUGAUGGUCAAUUUGAUGAGUAUUGAAACGGAGCAAUCGGUUUUAAUGCAAAAGCAAAUUUUAAAAAUUUACUAUGCAUUAACACAAUUUAGUUUGCCAUUGGAUUUGAUAACAAAAGAAAUGUUUUCACAAUGGAUGGAGAUAUGUCGUCAAAUUGCCGAUCGUCCCGUACCAGAUUGUUCUCAUUUAGAUGAUGAUGAAAAGCCUGAAUUUGCCUGGUGGAAAACUAAAAAAUGGGCUUUACACAUUAUGGUGCGCAUGUUUGAACGCUAUGGUAGUCCCCGUAGUGUGGUUAGUGAUAAAUACCAAAAGUUUGCCGAAUGGUAUUUACCCACCUUUACUCAAGGUGUCUUAGAUGUUUUACUCAAGAUAUUAGAUCAAUAUCGCAACCGCAUUUAUGUUUCACCACGUGUUCUAACUGAUAACUUGACUUAUAUCAAGAAUGCUGUAAGUCACGCUUUCUCUUGGAAAUUGAUUAAACCUCACAUGGUUGCCAUUAUUCAAGAUGUUCUCUUCCCUAUUAUGUCUUUCUCCGAUCAAGAUCAAGAAUUGUGGGAAACUGAUCCUCAUGAAUAUAUCAAAUUGAAGUUUGGAAUUGUUCAAUAUCUUAUCCCUACAGAUAUUUUCGAGGAUUAUGCUACUCCUGUUCCAGCUGCUCAGUCUUUAUUGCAUUCAUGCUGCAAGAAACGUAAAGGAAUCUUACCCAAAGCUAUGAAUAUUAUUAUGCAGAUCAUAACAUCACCAAAUGCCGAUAAUAAACAAAAAGAUGGUGCUCUACACAUGAUUGGUACUUUAGCUGAUGUUCUACUAAAGAAACGCAUCUAUCGUGAUCAAGUUGAGAACAUGCUUACCACUUAUGUAUUCCCUGAAUUCCAAAAUCCCGCCGGACAUAUGCGUGCCCGUGCCUGUUGGGUUCUACACUAUUUCUGUGACAUUCAAUUGAAAAAUCCACAAAUUUUAGGAGAAAUUAUGCGUUUAACUACCAAUUGUCUGUUGAACGAUAAAGAAUUACCCGUUAAGGUAGAAGCUGCUAUUGGUUUGCAAAUGUUCCUUAGUUCACAAGAUGCUGCUGCUCCCUAUUGUGAGGGCCAAAUCAAGGAAAUCACAAAAGAACUAUUGACCAUCAUACGCGAGACUGAAAAUGAGGAUUUGACAAAUGUUUUGCAAAAAAUCGUAUGUACUUUCUCGGAACAAUUAUUACCGGUGGCCAUGGAAAUCUGUCAACAUUUGGCAACCACCUUCAGUCAUGUACUGGAAUCCGAGGAUGGUGGUGAUGAAAAAGCCAUCACAGCUAUGGGUAUAUUAAAUACCAUCGAAACUCUUUUGACUGUUAUGGAAGAACAUCCCGAGGUAAUGAGUAAUUUACAUCCAAUUGUCAUCAAUGUUGUAGGUCACAUCUUCCAAAACAACAUUACCGAUUUCUAUGAAGAGACAUUCUCUUUAGUCUUUGACUUGACAUCGAAAACUAUUUCCGCUGAAAUGUGGCAAAUGUUGGAACUUAUCUAUCAGGUGUUCAAAAAAGAUGGCAUGGACUAUUUCAUUGAUAUGAUGCCAGCUUUGCACAACUAUGUGACAAUUGAUACACCUGCUUUCCUUUCGAAUCCAAAUCGUCUAUUGGCCAUGUAUGAUAUGUGUAAGAGUAUGUUGACCAGCAAUCCGGGUGAAGAUCCUGAAUGUCAUGCUGCUAAACUUUUGGAAGUUAUUAUCUUGCAAUGCAAGGGACAAAUUGAUUCUGUAAUUCCCAUGUUUGUGGAAUUGGCCUUAUCACGUCUAACUAGAGAAGUUCAAUCUUCAGAAUUGCGUACUAUGUGUUUACAGGUUGUCAUUGCUGCUUUAUACUAUAAUCCUCAAUUGUUACUUUCCAUUUUGGAUAAAAUGCCUCAACCCAAUGGUGAACCCAUUUCCUCACAUUUCAUUAAACAAUGGUUGUUGGAUACCGAUUGUUUCUUAGGUAUUCAUGAUCGUAAAUUGUGUGUUUUGGGUUUGUGUACUCUUAUAUCAUUGGGCGAUGCUAAGCCUGCAGUACUGAGUGAAGUUUCUGGUAAAAUUAUUCCAUCUUUGAUUUUACUCUUUGACGGUUUGAAACGCGCCUACGAAUCGCGUGCUCAAGAAGAAGAAGAGGAGGAAGAAGAGGAAAAUGACGAUUGUGAAGAAGCUUUGUCCAGUGAUGAAGAUGAAAUUGAUGAAUUUGCUCCAGAUUAUUUGGAACAAAUUGCUUCAUUUAGUAAAACUAAAGCAGCUGAAGCUGGUAUUGAAAUGAAAGCUGUUAUUAAGGACGAUGACGAAGAGUCUGAUGAUGAUGAAGAAGAAAGCAUUGAUGAUUUAAAUGAAACCGCCCUAGAAGGCUUUACUACACCUUUGGACGAAGAAGAAGAUGAAAAUGCCAUUGAUGAGUAUGUUGCUUUCAAAGAAGUUAUUACAGCUUUAUCUACUCAAGAUCAGGCUUGGUAUUCUGUACUCACUUCUGGUUUGACACCAGAACAAACUAAAGCCUUGCAAGAAGUAGUUGUUACAGCCGAUCAACGUAAGGCUGCCAAGGAAUCGAAAUUAAUUGAAAAACGUGGUGGUUUCUCAUUUACCCAACAAACUGUACCCUCUUCCUUUAAAUUUGGGUCAUAAUAAUGACACCACAGCAAAAGAUUUCUUCAGAUUUUUUAUCCCUUUAAUAUUACAUUUGCUAAAACGAUAAAAAAAAACAACAAACCACAACAACAACAACAAACAAAUAAAUAUUUAAAACGAAGAAUCAUUUUCACAAUCUUGUUUUUAUACUUUUUCUAAA